AUGAAUCUUCGUGAACAAUUUUCUACAAAUAAAUAUGCUGCCGGUCGUUUUAUGCAAUUACCUACUCACAAUAAAAUUCAAGUUGAAUAUGUUUGGAUAGAUGGAAGUAUUCAAAAUGUUCGAUCAAAGACUAAAACUGUUGAUUUUAUUCCCAAAAAAGUUGACGAAUUGCCAAUUUGGAAUUUUGACGGUUCUUCGACAGACCAAGCUUCUGUAGGCCUGUUGCUAUGUUCAAUGACCCUUUCCGACUUGGAAAUCAUAAAACAUGCCUGGUUUGGAAUGGAACAAGAAUAUACACUUUUGGAUGUCGAUCACCAUCCAUUCGGCUGGCCAAAGGCUCCUUUUGGAUUUCCUGGCCCACAAGGACCUUAUUAUUGCGGUGUUGGGGCUAAUAAAGCUUAUGGACGGGAUAUUGUUGAAUCACAUUAUCGUGCCUGUUUAUAUGCUGGGAUUACAAUUUCUGGAAUUAACGGAGAGGUAAUGCCUGGACAAUGGGAAUUUCAGGUUGGUCCUUGUGAAGGUAUUGAUAUGGGUGACCAUCUUUGGGUUGCUCGUUAUCUUCUACAUCGUGUAGCUGAAGAAUUUGGUGUUAUUGUUUCAUUUGACCCAAAACCAAUUUCUGGUGAUUGGAAUGGUGCUGGUUGUCACACAAAUUUUUCGACUGAAAAAAUGAGAAAGCCUGGUGGUUAUGCUGAAAUAUUAAAUGCUAUUGAGGCUUUAUCAAAAUCACAUCAUGAACAUAUCGCUUAUUAUGACCCUUCUGGUGGAAAAGAUAAUGAACGACGUUUGACUGGUUUGCAUGAGACAGCAACAAUUGAUAAAUUUAGUUAUGGGGUAGCUAGUCGAUGUUCUAGUGUACGUAUUCCUCGUCAAACUGAAGUUGAUGGAUAUGGAUAUUUUGAAGAUAGACGUCCUUCUUCUAAUUGUGAUCCGUAUUUGGUAACUGAUGCUUUGGUGAGAACUUGCUGUUUGGGUGUUAAAAAGUUGAGUCGUUCAUAUAUUCCUCAAGAUGCAGAGGGUAUUCGAAAAAUGAUAAAUGAAUUACGUAGCGGAAAGAUACAGGAAUAA